GGCCGAAAUUUCGAGAACGGUCGCUGCAAGUUUUCGAUCUACAUUCCAUACGUAUCCCCCUCGUAACCUUGCAACCCACUUAACUUUGCCCUGCCUACCACCUACUCAGCCUACUCACACACCCGACUCACCUCUCACCUCCCUCCUACCAGUCCGUACUUCUGUCUACGGCUGCUUCUUAAUUAUAAGAACGGCAUCAGGCGAAGGGAUCGACUGAUCAACUCUCCGUAAAAUAUCCUAUCAGGGUAUUGAAUCUAGCAAUCAUGGCUACAACAACAAAACAGCGCCUCGCGCUCGCAAUCUGCGACUUCCUCAGCACCUCCCUAACCGACGGUACCCUCUCCAGCGAAGACAAAGACAGCAUCGACGUAGCCAUCAACUGCAUCAGCGAAUCCUUCAAAGUGGACGCCAGCUCCCCAUCCGCCGUAUCCAGCGCCAUCGGCUCGCAAAACCUUCUCCAAAUCUACGGCGUCUAUGAAAAACUCAAAUCCUCCAAUGCCCCCAGCAGCAGUAGCAAACCCAGUUCCACCCCCGAAUCCGCCCCGAAACCCCCCACCGACGCCGAAAAAGCCGAAGCAGAGGACCUGAAAGCGCGCGGAAACCGCGCUAUGGCGUCGAAGGAUUACCCGACUGCUAUCGACAUGUACACCUCCGCCCUAGCCCUGUACCCCAGCAACGCGAUCUACCUGUCCAACCGAGCCGCAGCAUACAGCGCAGCGAAAGACCACGCAUCAGCGCGAUCGGACGCCGAAGCCGCCGUGAAGCUGGACCCGAAGUACACGAAAGCGUGGUCGCGAUUGGGAUUAGCGCGGUUCGCGCUUGGGGAUGCGAAGGGGAGUAUGGAGGCGUAUAAGCAGGGGAUCGAGUACGAGGGUAAUGGCGGGUCUGAUGCGAUGAAAAAGGGCUUUGAGACUGCGCGGCGGCGUGUUGAGGAGCUUGAGGUGGACGCUGUGCCUGAUCUCUCGAGCUCGAUGCCCCGUGGUGGGGGUGGGGGUGGAGGUCCCGACCUAGCUAGCCUCGCGAGCCUAUUCGGAGGCGCGGGCGGUGCGAGCCGAGAAGGUGGUGGUGGUGGUGGCGGGGGCGGGAUGCCUGACCUAGGCAGCAUCAUGAGCAACCCCAUGUUCGCGAGCAUGGCGCAGAAUCUGAUGUCGAACCCGGAGAUGAUGCAGAACCUGAUGAGCAACCCGCGUCUGCGCGAGAUGGCCGAUCGUUUCUCCAGCGGCGGCGGCAUGCCCGACCUGAGCACCCUGAUGAGUGACCCUAACAUUGCCGACAUGGCCCGGAAUAUGAUGGGUGGUGGUGGUGACGAAGGUGGCGCUAACCCCGGAGCUGGGCGCGGUGCUGGUCGAUGAUCAUUCGGUGUUGGUAUUCUGUCUACUGUUACGGACUCCUUGGGUUAAGAACAGGUGGCUAGGACGAAGACAUGGGUAGAUCACACUGAGAGUUUAAAUUUAAAAAAAACAUCAAGGUUGGCUGGACGAAUAUUGGCGAGCAUAGACCUGAAGAAAUCAUUUCUACGAUCUCUCUGCGUUCUUUGUCCAGACUACGGAUAGAUCGUUCGGCUUCACAUUGACCAAGGAUCACAGACGGACUUCACGACGUAUGAGGACCCCGGGUGGUUAUAAUGAGAAAACUAAUGAUUUUCCUACUUGUGAACAAUACUGUUCUUUUUUUU